GGUUCUCUUACCCUCCUCUUCUCUCAGCCCGUUGCAGCACUCCAAGUCAAGGAUCCCAAUAAUGAAUGGAAGUGGGUCAAAUAUGUCCCAGGAGGCAUCACCUGCAAUGCAGCCGACACCUUGUCAUUCUUAACGAAGGUGAUGGCGGAGUGA